GCAGAGGCGCACGGGUGCGCCGAUCUCCAGGCACGCCGCGGAAACAUUGCACAACAAGUGCACGAAACACCAUUCUGGCUCGAGGCAUUCGCUUCUUGGUUCCAACCUCUUCACCCAGCGUGCGCACGCAUUGAAAUCUCACCAGGAUGGCUGCGAGCGAUGUGGUCGGCGGAUCUUUGGAAUCGUUUCAACGUUUGGGCCGUGUAUUUCGUACUUGCUGCCCUCGUUGCACUGGGUGUUGGUGGAAUCGUGGCCAUGGUUUAUGCGUGGCUUUAUAUGGACGGCUUCUCAUUCUUGCGAAUUGUUCUUGUAUUCGGAGGGAUUGUAUCAAGCGUCUGCAUGCUGCAGCGAAGACGCAGAGCACAUACGCAACGCCUCAGACUUAAUGAGGUACGAGCCAGGAAUACUGACGGACAUCCUCCGGGCACACAGGUCGUCAUGGGAUUUCGUCGACAAUCAUUCACUUGGACAGCAGAACACAUCCCAGGGCAUGUAUUGGAUAACUGGCAGCAAAAGACUGACGCAGCUGAUACACAUUUUCGGCAAGGUAUGGGUGUCGAGGAAUUCGAACGAAACUUUGGAGAUCUCGCAGCUAUGCCUGACUGGGUUGAUUGGGACCUACUUGAGAAAGGCUGCAGCUUCUUCGUUCAAGUUUGGCCAUUUAUCUUCUUUGGAUUUAGUUGGGCGCUUCUUGCAGGCUUUGGCGCCGAAACUGCAAGCGCCGUGCUGCUUAAAUCUAGGUACUGGGCUGCACAGGGGGACACGGGUCGUUUAGACACUUGGAAACGCUUGCGCGAGACAGCAUGUUGGCUCCACGACGUAGCUAUGCACGGUAGCAGUGGCUUCAUUCCAGGAGGUGUUUCUUGGAAAGCUUGUAUGCGUGUGCGGUACUUGCAUUGCCGCACUCGCGCCACCAUUUGGAAAUCAGGUGGAUGGGACAAAGAGAAAUACGGGGAGCCCAUUAAUCAGGUUCAAAUAAUCGGCACACUGCUUGGUUCAAGCGUGCUGCUGCUGAAUGGCAUGGAAGAGCUCGCCGGCGUUUCCUUGCCGACCGAGAAGAAAGAAGCCUUUAUUCAUUUGUGGCGCGUUAUUGGCUUCCUCUUUGGUAUCGAGGAAGAGCUCAAUCCAAACCGCUCAGCCGACCGGGCGCAAGUAGUAUUGGAAUCGGUUUUCACACAUGGGAUCCCUGAGUUUCCCGACGAAAGCCUCACUGCAGUUUUAACGAAGCACAUCUGUGAAUCAGUGGCCCUUGGCAUCCGUACAGAAUUCGGGGCGCCUGUCACUGCAGGCAUGGUUGGAGUCUCCGCCUGGUAUUUCGUAGGACCGUCGUAUGGAAAAGCGAUUGGCCUUCCCGAGGCUUCCUGGCACGGCCAUCUAAUAGGUUUUGCUCGCAGAUGCAUGCUCAGGUUUGUGCUUCUGCUGUACUUACUUCUGCCAGGAGCUUCUUUCGUGUUUGAUCCAAUGAUGCGUUAUCUUUUUAGUGCCAUGGCCUGCUCCAUUCGAAAGAGGCAGCCUCAGUGCCGAUUCGGCGUGGCCUGCCCUGUCAGUGGUUCCGCGCAAGGCGUAUGUCCUGGCAAAGCGUAGUUGCCAGAGUGUGAUGCGGAUGAACCUACACACCAUGGUGCAGUCAUGGCCUCGACGACAUGUCUCGGGUCUUUAUUUUAUGUCACUGAUCGUUCCCCUCAUGCUGCCCGCGGGGUUGCACCCGACGCUGCGCCCUGCCAGGUGCCACCCGGUGCGCGCAGGCGGGCGGGCGCCACGGCGCCACGCGUCAGCACAGGCGUGCGCCGCGCCCCGCGCCACUAGUUACACGGGGGUGCGGCCGUGGCAUUGACGGCACGCUGCCUGCAGUUCGGUCAACCCGCAUAGUGGUGAGGAUGCGCGACUUGCCAAGGCUACCCUUGCAUCCUUGCCCUUCGGCCCAUCCUUGGCCGCCUUCGCCGGCCGCGCCCCGCUCGGAUUCGGCACGCUCGACAUGGGUUCGACACGGAUGGUUAGCGCGAUGGGGCAGACGAGGUCUCCCCACAGCUGCAUUGAAACAUUUCCCCAGCUUGUCACCAUUUUUCGUGGCUUGCCACUGUUUCUCUUGAGUCGCCUCCGUUUUCCGGACUGGCCGCUGUUCUGCGGGCUCGCCAUUCGCGGCCUCGCGUGCGGGACGCCCUACAGCGCAUUUCCUGCGGCGCCUGUGGAGCCUCGGGCACGCCAGGUUUCGCUGCGGCCAAAAUCAUCGGCGGACUCGUGAGCGCCUUCUCGGGCAUGGUCGCUUCGAAGGUGAUGCGUGACUGGCGUGCGUCUCUCGGCGGCGAGCCCGGGAGUGAGAAGGGG